AUGCGCAGUCUACGGCACCCAGAGCUUGGCGAGAGCCUCGAGGGCCACGGCGGCGAGGAGGGAGAGGGUUUCGCGCAGAGCCUCGGCGAGGGCCGCGAGGGAGACGCCGAGCUCACCCACGGUGCCGAGGACGACGGCAACCCGAGCUUGCUUGGACGGCAAGAUCGACGGGGUCUGCGAAGCGAAGGCGGCCCAGGGCAAGGACCUGCAAGUCGGGGUGUCGGUCAGGUCCAAGUCCGUGGAAACGAAAGCAGGUGGCUCCGGGUCAAGGCCUUCCAAGGAGGAGAUCCAGCAAAUGUUCAGGUCCUGCAAUUGGGGAGCCCUGGCUGGAGCCGCGACGUCCUUCCCGAGCUGGCAUUCACGUUCCGACCUAUCUUACAAUACAGCGUCGACUGGGCGGAGCAAGCACACUGGGAGGCCCAGGAGCAUCGGGACCAAGUGCAGACGAAAUUAUUGGAGGCCCAAACCCAGUUGAAGCGGGCCAAAAGCAUCGCGAAGAUCUCGUCCGUCGAGCCCGAGCUGGCGAUCCUCAGAAGCAAGGUACACAAGGUGUAUCGAGAGGCACUGCUGGACCCGGACCGAGCCCAGCAGGCGACCCGUAGAUACCCGCAGAACGCGAAAGUUGAUGGAAGCCAUCCUCAUCGGAGACGUGAAUGA